UUUUAAAUGUAUACACUGAAAAUCGUUGUUGUUGGGAACCUUCUUUUAUUUUUGACCGAAUUGUUGUUGGGAACCUCAUCCCUUUGUUUAUACGGCACAGAAAUGGAUUCACUUUCUGUCCAAAACCCGGUAUGCUUGAGAUUGGCCGAGGCCAUGGCGUCUUCAGAGAGGAAUCAUGAAGGGAAGCAAUCAUGGCGUCACCAAGGAGACCCACCGUCCUCAUUCACUUCCAGAGCGUCUCCAUUCUAGUCUACAGGAAGGAGGGAAGGCUCGUGAAGCUUGGAAUCAUCAUUCGCCUGGGGGAGAAAAAGUUAAAUCGUAAACAUGGUGAUGGUUCCCCUUUCCACCUUUCUGUUGCCCGCAGAGAUAUCUGGAAGGAAGGAUGGCCUAGUACUAGUGCCUUUCAAGUGAUAUGUAAAGCAUAUCCAUCCAAGUGCAAUGUUGUUUGUGCUCUGGGCCUGGGUAAGCAUUCGCGUGGCAAGUCGCCUGCGUCGCAUUCAUGGAGGAGUGGAGAAGAACUGGUAGAUAACUAGAUAUCUAUUCUUUGGUAUUUUGUGUUUUUAUUUAUUACAGGCUAGUGAGUGGUAAGGUCGUGCACAAGGUUAAAGAUGGAGAGAAAGAGAGAGUUGUGCCUGGCUUAGGAUCGUGGUGAGUAAAAUAUGAGACGCUCCGGGUGUAGUCAUUCGCGCGUGCUCUGAGACACGUAGGCCCUGUUUGAUCAUUUGUUUACACUGCGGCGACUCCCAGUCCCAGGCUAACAAUGUUAAUGAUGUUCAACCGUCCAGGGACCACGAGGAAUACUUUAAAACGGGCGCUAGAUCGUUGCAAUUUGAGACCCGUCUUGUGUUGGCCCUUGU